CGCAUGCAGGUGCGCCGAGAAGCCGGGCUUCGUGAGCCGAGCGAAUUCCGAGAAAUACUUUGGUAAAUGAUACUCGGUUACGCGUUUUUGUUGAUGUUUUCGAGCCGUACUGUCUUGCUCGAUAUUUGUUUUGGCUAGCACGUGCGCGAGUUCAACGAUGCGGAAAUUUACGAGCCAUUGAAGAACGACGAGUAUAGAAUAACCUCUUACGCUACUCCUCAACUAUAAUGGAAACUCUGUGUUAAUCUAUCCAAUGCACGACGAUGCAACGGACGACUCUGAACAUGGAUCCAGGUUAAAGCAUCGACACCGAAUGACUUCCGUAAUACAACGGCACAUUUUUUUUCGAGCGUUGCAAGUUUAUACAUGCGAACGAUUGUUGGGAAGUUUAUGGUCCAAGAAUUAGCGGCAAACGGACUCACGAGUCAUUUCGAGAGUGGCUGAAUUUUUCGAAGGAUCAGAUAUAUUGCAAAAUAGAGAUGUGUCGACCUUGCGUAUACCUGAUCGGUCGUCGACCCUGAGGAUCCCCUCUUAGGAUUCUGGUGGGUCCACAAUCUUCUCUCCGGCAACGACACCACUCGCGAAAAAUUUCUGCGGAUAUCUUCAGUCUCACGGUCUGAUGAACUGCCUGGAAAAAUGACGGCGCAACGGUGAAAGACUUAGUAUAUAAAAGGCGCGUGAAAUAUCAAUAGUUGAAUAGAAUUAGCGAUCAUUUAUUCUCCGACGCAGCUACUGAUAAUAUUCCUGAGUUCCUUUUGACAAAAAUCCCGUAUCAUUCGGGUCAAUUGCCAUCCUCCACGACGCGACGGCAGGUAAUUCGCGCAACAGCCAUCACCAUUCCGGUUGGAUAGGCGCGAAAAUUGCGCGUCCUGGUUUUCGCAGUUUUUUCACGCUCGCCCAGAUGACGGGCCAGAUUAACCUGCGGUCCGUCUAAGCGAUCCGUCAGCUCGUAUAGCGAGAGGAAUCGGCCGCGGGGCACAUCUCGCUUUCACUCGACUGAUCCCUCGCCACGUGCACAUGGAAAUGCACGCACGUCGAGUCAAGUCGACGCACCGAUCUGACAGGACGCGAGAGGAAGGCGAACACGGGCCGAUCUGCGUUUCGCGGAUCGGGUUCCAAUAGAAGGCUGAUAAUCCGCGAGAUUGCGUCUCGUUAAAUCGAUCGAUCGGGACCCCCUGAUGUGUUUCGGCCUGUCUUUCUCUCUCCGUGCUUGGGUACCCAAGAGCCAAUCUACCUCGUCCUCGUCGUGACUCGUCGAUGACGUAACGCAUAAAUACACGCCAUAGUGGAGGAAUCGAACCUAACCGGGGGCUUGUACCACUUCUUCUUCUUCUUCUUCUUCUUCUGCGAGGAGGGCAGUCUUCGAAGAGCGCUGGUCUCGAAGGCAACUCCCUGAUCGGUACCGCGCGAAGAUCGUUAUCGCGGGAAGUGGAUGAAUCUCGAGCUGCCAGAUCUUGUUGCGAUCGAGUCGACAAGGAUAAAGGAGAAGGAGGAGGCAGUGCAGCAAGAAGGAGAAAGAAGAGAGGUGGAGAAACAGCGGCAGGUCUUCAAAGACGCCAUCGGGUUUUAUCGUCAGACUCGCUUUAUCCUCCGAUCGACUUGGAGAACUCCUCGUUAGGAGGACCAGAUCGCUAGCUAAUUCGUCCGGCACGCUUUCCUAAACUCGCGAGAUGUGGCGGCUGUCGAUAGUGAUCGGUAUGAUCGCGAUUGCGAGGGCCGGACCGUACGACAGGAUGAUGGUCUCGAUGAACGACAGAACAUUAUUCAUCAGGAGCCUGCCCGGUUAUCCUGGGACCAGAAGCGAUCUCUACGAGGUCUACAUGGAACCGUAUUAUUUCGCAAUCGGUUUGAAGGCCGUGGCGGAGAUGAAAGCUCUCAGUGAGGAUGGUUCACCGGUAAAUGGAGCCCGAGGGAUCCUAACGUUAGAACAGCAUCCCGAAGGGGUGAAGGUCACGGGUACAAUCACGGGAUUAAGCCCGGGCUUGCAUGGAUUCCACGUGCACGAGAAAGGGGAUCUCACGAAAGGCUGCAAUUCGGCCGGACCGCAUUUCAAUCCGUACAUGGUGAAUCACGGAGCACCGAGCGAUCCGUUGCGUCACGUCGGCGAUCUCGGCAAUAUCGAGGUCGGGCAGGACGGAGUCGCGCACAUCGACGGUAUAGAUCACUACUUGAGCCUGGUAGGUGUUCGCGGAGCGAUCGGCAGGGCCCUGGUGAUCCACGAGAAAGCCGACGAUCUCGGUCGCGGCGGUACCCAGGAGAGUCUGAAGACCGGGUCGGCGGGUGCCCGAGUUGCCUGUGGUAUCAUCGGAUUUCUAUAAAGAAACUCUUUUUCAUUACUUUUGAAUGCGACUAUCGGAUAUGCAUCGUUCACUAAAGACUGUCGUACUUGAAUUCACGUAAAAUUAUGCUACGUACUGCAGCAUCUUCUUAAUAACGUACUUAUAUAAUCAGCGAGAUCUUCUUCAUAAUUCUGUUUUCAAUAUUUUUUCAGAAAAUUCUCCCUUUUUAUAUUUUAAAUCUCGA